GUUCAUUGCAAUCAAAUCUAAAUUUUAUGUAUAAAUAGUGUGUCCCUGCAGCCAAUGGUAUCAAUUCAGUUUCGCUUCGAACAAAGACACUCAAAAAACUAUCAAAAUGAAAUUCAUGAUUGUGAGCCUUGCUCUUAUCGGCACUGCCUCAGCCAGUAUUGUUUCCUUAGGCGCUUCAUCAGGUCUUGGUGGUGUCCUGGCUUCUCCCGCUAUUGGUGCUACUCUUGCUCCAGCUCUUGCCACCGGAAUUGCUGCUACUUCAAUUGGCAGUCCACUCCUUGGUGCAUCAAUUGCUGCUCCAGCCCUCAGUCCACUUUCAGCUGGUCUUGCUCCUAUUGGUCUCAGUUCCGGUCUUCUCAGCCAAAAACUUAUUGCAUCACCACUUUCGGCUGGUAUUGCUCCUAUUGGUCUCAGUUCCGGUCUUAUCAGCCAAAAACUUAUUGCAUCACCACUUUCAGCUGGCAUUGCUCCUAUUGGCCUCAGUUCCGGUCUUAUCAGCCAAAAACUUAUUGCAUCACCACUUUCAGCAGGCAUUGCUCCUAUUGGUCUCAGUUCCGGUCUUAUCAGCCAAAAACUUAUUGCAUCACCACUUUCAGCAGGCAUUGCUCCUCUUGGUCUUAGCUCCGGGCUUCUAGGUCAAAAACUUAUUGCAUCACCACUUUCAGCUGGCAUUGCUCCUCUUGGUCUUAGCUCCGGGCUUCUUGGUCAAAAAGUUAUUGCAGCUCCAGGUUUAGCUUCCCUGCCUCUUGGACUUAAAGGAUUGGAAUCACCUCUCCUUUGGAAGAAACGUGCUUAAAUUGUAAGUAAGUUUAGGAAAAAAGGACUGAAUGUAGUAGGACAAUAAAAAUAUUCUUGAUAUAA